AUUCAUUCCCAUACCAUUGUAUCGCUCAAUAUAAACGUGGCGCACUUGUAAACAUGGCUGACCUCCAAGCUCGGAUACCGACAGUGGAGGACUUGCUUAAGGGGGCUAAGGACGCGUUCAAGAAGCGAUUCGAUGCGGACCCCGAAGUGGCUGCCUGCGCCCCCGGAAGGGUGAACCUGAUCGGAGAGCACACAGAUUAUAACGAUGGAUUUGUUUUUCCCAUGGCACUUCCCCUGGUGUCCGUAUUUGUGGGCCGAAAGAAUGGAACGUCACAGUGCCGUGUGCAGACGCUCUCCCAGGGAGCAGACGAUCCCACGUAUGUCGAGUUUCCGGUUCCCUCGGAUGCCACGCCCCUCAACCCGGGCGUCCCAAAAUGGGCUAACUACGUGAAAGGGGUCGUUGCCAACUAUAAAGGGUCGGUCCCGGGGUUUGACUGUGUGAUCGUGUCGUCCGUUCCUCUGGGUGGGGGAGUCUCCAGCUCGGCAGCCAUCGAGGUGGGCACGUACAUGUUCCUCGACCAGCUGGCUGGCGGCGGCGACCCUAGCGUCGAUCGGAAACAGAAGGCGCUCGCGUGUCAGAAGGCCGAGCACGUUUACGCAGGAGCGCCGUGCGGCAUCAUGGAUCAAUUUAUCUCCUUCAUGGGAGAAGAGAAGCACGCACUGCUUAUCGACUGCAGGUCCCUUGAGAGUCGGCUGGUUCCCCUUGUGGACCCAAAUGUCGUUAUCCUUGUUACCAACUCUAACGUGAAACACAACAUCGAGUCGUCUGAGUACUCCACCAGGCGCGCCCAGUGUGAAAACGCCGCCAAAAUACUCGGCCUGUCCAGUCUCAGGGACGCUAAUGACAAACUUCUGGAAGACAACAAGGAUCAAAUGGAUGACGUCACAUACCGUCGGGCCCGUCACGUGGUGGGAGAAAUCCGGCGGACGGAGGAGGCCGCCUCCGCCCUCGAGAACAACAACUACAGCCUGUUCGGACAACUCAUGGUGCAAAGCCACAACGCACUCAGGGAUGAUUUCGAGGUGUCGUGUCAGGAGCUGGACCAACUGGUGGAGGCGGCGACGGAAGUGGAUGGCGUGUACGGCUCUCGCAUGACUGGCGGUGGUUUCGGGGGAUGCACCGUUACACUUCUAAAGAAAGAAGCCGUUCCCGCCACACUUCAGCAUAUAAAGAAAAGGUACAGCGGAACCCCGACGUUCUAUGUUUGUGAAGCUUCCGGUGCGGCGCGAGGACUUUCAUUAUAAUACGACAUUAAACACAUAAGCACAUGUAGUGUGGUAGAAUCUACCUCUUUGGGCGUGAUUUCUUAUCCAUUCGACCAUAUCAUCCACGGUAUUACUGUGACUUGAACUACUUGUAUACAGUCAGCCAGGAAGGAUCGGAACAUUUAUAGAUAUGGGUAUUACUAUAUACGUGUUUAUACAUUAAUAGGACAGCUAUAUUUAUCUUAGUUUGUGAAAGUAUAUUAUCCAUGUAGCUAACUUUUUGCGUCUAAUGCUGUUUAUUUUUACCAUUGUUAUGGAUAGUUAACGUAUAUUUUAACUGAAUGCAUCAUUUUAGUGUUGAAGAUCUCAUGCAGUUGUAUUCCAUAGUUUAGCCAGGCCAUAUGGUUCUUGUUGCAUUCACGAGUUCCAAAAUAAACAAAAUGAUACAUUGUUUGUCUUAUGCCAGCUAUACAUUUACAAUGUUCUACCAUAAUACUAAUAUAUUUUGUAGAUACUGAACAUAAUUAUUUUUUUAUAUACCAUAAGUAGAUCUGCAGACAUAGGUGAUAAUUUGGGCAUACAGUAAUAUUAUUAAAGAGCUUGGUCUAUUCAUGCGAUCCCACAAAGGUUUCUGUGUAGGAAAGCAUAGGUUAUUUAUUCAUCAUUGCAAUGCAUAUGUAGCGUUACCGCAUAUAUGCACGAUUACCGCCCUUUGUUAUUAAUGGAUAUUUGCUUUAACAAAGUUAAAUGUCUGGCGGUGUUUUUCAAAGGUUAGUUUUAUAUUUUAGACUUAUCUAUUCCAUACAAAUAUUUUAUUAGCGACAAUAAUAUUUUAAGGAAUCAUGUUAAACAUUAUUUGUUAACCGGAAGUUGUUUUCAUAAAGAAUAUUAAUAAAACUAGAGCUGCUUCCCUCAAGCGGAAUAUACCCGUUUUACACAUUUUAAUGAUGAUCUCGUCCGCCCGGGGAGGGUUUAUUAAAGCGCGUAACUCAUUGUAAGAGAACAUAUUUUUCAAAUGAAUUAGUUUGGUUUUUAAUAUACUUGAACUAACAAUCAGGUAUUAAUUUGGCUAUUGUGUUAAAUAUUAAAAAAAAAACACUACGAGAAGCAUGGGGUCUCGAGAUUUUAGCUUUUUGCAGCAUAGCCGUGCAAACAGAGCAUGUCAUUUUUGUAUUGGACAGUGGUUGAUGGCAAUGACGUAUUGGUUAAAUAAUUAUUCUCAUCGGUACAAACUAUCACCAUUUUUUCAUGUAUGAAUCAACAUUUAGUUAAUUUUGAAACUGUGUGUAUUUCCUUCAGCGCAUGUUAAACUUGGUCAUCAGUGCCACGAAAUACACACCAUACAUGUACCUUUGUAACCAGUAACUUUUUAUUUCAAUCCAAGUAUCAUUGUAGUUUCAUUCAUUGAGAUUUUAAUACAUAUAGUACAAUGACACCAUGCAUUCUGAACGGCAGAUUUCUGCUGAUUCUACCAUUGUUAUUAAAGCCACAAAGAAUUUAAUACGUAAAGUAGUUCUGCAGUUUGAAUGAAAUAUACACAUCGUCAAUCAGUAUAAUAACAAUACUUGAUUUUACCCUUUUUAUGCUUGUUUAUCUGUUAAACUACACGAAGUAUUGAAGUUCCGGUACAGGAAACAACAUGUAUAAUAGUUUUAAAGUUUUUUGCUUAUUUCCUUGUAACCAAGGUCACCAAUGCCCAGCAACGCUAUGAACUCUUCAAGGACACUUUCCCUGCAGCCCUGAUUUUUGUCGAAAAACAAUCCCAUUCAUUCUUGACAUCGUUUCUUUCGUCUUUAUAACGCUUGGUUUUAUGUUCAUCUGUAUAUAUUAACACCUUACUUUCCAUUCCUUAAAUGAACUGCCUUUCGGUCAUUGCAUUUAUAAAAAUUUACACCUCAACUUCCAUUCCUUAAAUGAACUGCCUUUCGGCAAUUGCGUUCAUCAAUCGAUGAACGCAACAUCUUCGGAUAUGUUCGGAUCGUAAUUCUUUGCAUAACAAUAUACAUGGAAGCUAUU